UGGUAGAGGAAUCCGCCAGAGGUUCCUGCAGGGUGAGAGCCUGAUGUGAAGAGGCGGAUAUGCCAGGGCAAGGUGGAUGAAUGAGCAAGAGCGUGGUCAGACAAGCCGAGUCGGUAGCCGUGGGAGCAGUGCGGUACAAAGCAGUGGGCAGAGAAUGGUCGGGUCACACGCCAGGUCAGCAACAGAAGAACAGAUCCACAAGGGGGCAUCCAGAAGGGAGGUCAGGCGAGCCAGGGGUCAGAGCAGGAGAGAACAGCCAGGUCAGCAACAAAUUCGAGUCAGCAGGAAUCACAGAACAAGAUCAGGAACACAGGGAGACCAAACGGCACCACCUGUCAGCGCAGGGCGAUUU